AUGAGUUAGAAAAAAAAAAAUAGUAAUGAAGAGUGCGUAAAAGUCGCUAUGAGAUGCAGACCUAUUUCUAAAUAGGAAUUAAUAGAUAAUAGAUAGGAAAUAGUUAAAAUUGAUCCAGAAAGAGGUGAAGUUAUUGUAAAUAACCCUAAAGGGGAAGGAAGUGAAAACAGAAAUGUUUUCACAUUCGAUGUAGUUAUUAAUUAAAAAUCAACUUAAGAGCAUGUUUAUAAAAUGACAGCUCUACCAAUUGUUGAAUCAGUUUUAGAAGGUUACAACGGUACCAUUUUUGCAUACGGUUAAACCGGAACAGGUAAAACUCACACUAUGGAAGGUAGUAAUGAACCAGCUGAUAACAGAGGUAUUAUCCCAAGAACUUUCGAGCAUAUUUAUAGAGUUAUUGAAGGUACUCCUUCUAAGCAGUUCCUUGUUAGAGCUAGCUUUUUAGAACUUUAUAAUGAAGAAAUUAGAGAUUUACUUGCCAAAAAUGCCAAAAACAAAUUAUAAUUGCAUGAAAAUCCUGAUACUGGUGUUUAUGUGAAAGACCUUUCAUCAUUUAUUAUUUAAAAUCCUAAUGAAAUGAAAGAAAAACUUGCUCAUGGUCGUGAAAAUAGAAAAGUAGGAGCUACAAAAAUGAAUGAAGGAUCUUCUAGAUCCCACUCCCUAUUUAUGAUUACUGUUGAAAUGAGUGAAAUAAGAGAUGGAUAGUAGCAUAUUAGAGUUGGUAAAUUAAAUCUUGUUGAUUUAGCUGGUUCUGAGCGUUAAUCAAAAACACAGGCAACUGGUGAGCGUUUCAAAGAAGCUAUAAACAUUAAUCAAUCUCUAGCUACUUUGGGUAAUGUUAUAUCUGCUUUAGUCGAUAAUAAACCAUAUACUCCUUACAGAGAUUCCAAACUAACUAGAUUGCUCUAAGAUUCUUUGGGAGGUAAUACAAAAACUGUUAUGAUUGCUAAUAUCGGACCUGCUGAUUAUAACUACGAUGAAACUAUUAGUACUCUGCGUUAUGCAAGCAGAGCAAAAAGUAUUAAAAAUAGACCUAAAAUCAAUGAAGAUCCUAAGGAUGCUAUGAUCAGAGAAUUUUAGGAAGAAAUUAAUCGCUUAAAAGAAGAACUUUAGAAAAAAAUGGGUUCAAAUAUUCAAAUUGGUCCAGAUGGAAAGAUUGCUAAAGUUGUUGAAGUUUAAAAAGUAGUAGUAGUUACUGAUGAGUAAAAGCUCAAGGAAUUGGAGGAAUAAAUUGAGAGAGAGAAAAAUCUACUUGAAUCAACAGUAGGCAAAAAAAGGGAAUAAAUUGAAAGAGACUUGGCAGAUUCAAGAGAAUAAAAGGAGAAAUUGGAGAGAUAGCUUAAAGAAAAAGAAGAGUAGGUAGCUAAAUAAGCCUAGGAAUAAGAAAAAUACCUCUAAUAAAUAAAAGAAAUGGAAAGCAAAAUUAUCUAAGGAAACAAGCUUAAAGAGACUCAGAGAGAGAAAGAAAAGCAGUUAAUAAAGCUUUAAAUUGAAUUAGAAGAAAGAAAAUAAGAAGAAAGAAGAAAACAGGAAGAGCUUGAAAAGAAUAAUGCUUUAGUAAUAGGAGCUUAGGAGUAAUACAAAAGUUUACAAGAAGAAAUUGACGCUAAGACUAAAAAGUUAAAUAAUAUUGUAGAAAGAAUAAAACAAGCUCGUUAGUAAACAAAUGAAAUACAUGAAUACAGACUCCGUGAAAAGGAAAUCUUAUUGGAUGAAAAUCGUUCUAUUACCAAAGAAUUAAAGCUCAUAGAUCUUAUUAUUGAGCACUUUAUACCAUAGAAUGAAGUUAAAAAGCUAGAAUAAAAGCUUAUAUUCUCUGAUGAAGAUGGAGACUGGAAUAUAAAAGAUGAUGCAAAUGAAGGCCAUAAAAUUUCUAGACCAGCCUCAGUUUUCGGAUUUAAAAGACCAAUCUGUGAAUCUGCUCGUAUGGCAAUCAAGUUCGGAGACUCUAAUCCUCGUUUUAGAACUGACAAUAUUUUGUAGUUAGAUCUUGAAUUACCUGAAAUAAUAACUGAAGAUUUUGAUGGAAACGUUAGUUAAAAAGUGUAAGAAACUAUUAAUAUCGCUUUGAAUGAAGAUGAAGAAGAGCUUUAGAUGAUGGCUAAUGAAAAAAUGCCUAUUGUUUAUAUUAAAAAUCCAGAAUUAAUCAGUAAAGAAAAUGCACUUAACUAACCUAGAGUUCGUCUAAAAAGUGCCAAAAAAACAUCAAGAAGACCCUAGAGUGGAUUAAAAAAAUAUUAAUAUUGA